UGAACUGCUACAAAUAACCUGUAAAUAAUGCGAGUGAUACCGUGAGCAUAAGUCAUGAAGUUAUAGCCAUCCCAGAUUAAAGCAAAUCAUAUCAAGGGAAGCAUUAUUUGUGUUUAGAGGGUUUAUGAAUGAACGAAUAAAAAGGAAAGACGAUCGAAAGACCGACACUUUCCAAAAAUUGUGAAAAUGGCAACAGAUAAAGGUGAAUCAUUACAUUUUUACAAAUUCUUAUGUAAAAAGAUUGGAACUGAACGGGUUGUAAAACUAAGUCGGCUUGCUAACACAAUUUAUGACCAUGGAAGUUUCUUACAAAUAAUUAGUGGAAGCAAAGGUGAAGGACUUGAUUUAAAAGGCAGUGACAUUGAUCUUAUGUAUAUUCAUCCUGAUUUUAAAGUUUUUGAAUCAGAAAAAGCGGUUGUUGUGUCAAGUACAAAGAUCCCAGUUGUUAUGGACACAGAUGACACACCUCCAUGUUUCACCAAACUACGUCUAUUCUUCGAAAAACCGCAUAUUUACUCUGAAAAAUUCCAACAAUUUUUCCAGACUGAUUGUCGUGGUAAAUAUGUGAUUUCAAGCGAAUUAUAUAAAAAGGUUCUAUUUCCAUAUACUCAUAUCGGUCACGUUAAAAAACCCGGAAUAAUACACGGACCAUGCAUAACUGACGAAGAUGGUUCUUUUGACAUUACAUUGGCUCUACAAUGUAAUCAAUGGAUAUCUCCAGUUCAAACUUGGGUUACAAGAUCACGUACAACAUGGCCUUCACCAGACCUCAUUUCGAAAAUAACAUCCUGUGGUGUUUUGUUUGUACCUGUUGGAUUUAAAGGGUCUAUACAUGAAAACAUACAGUGGCGAAUCUCAUUUUCAGUAGCAGAAAAAUGUCUCAUAUUUUCUUUCAGUCAUACCCAGUUAUUAUGUUAUGCUUUGCUAAAAAUUGUAUUUAAAGAAAUAAUGGACAAACAGGAAGAAUUGAAAGGUUUAUUGUGCUCUUAUUUCUUAAAGACAUUGUUAUUUUGGAUUUCAGAAGAAUCCAGACCAUCUGUUUGGAUACCUGAAAAUAUCAUACCAUGUUCUAAGGCAUGUGUGCAAAGACUAUUGUACUGUAUAGAAUAUUCAACACUAUUACACUAUUUUAUUCCCGACAAUAAUUUAUUCUAUUUAAGAUUCAAUUGUAAAAAUAAAAGAAAUUUAAUCAACUUCCUAAAUCAUUUACACAACAUCUGAAUUCAGUGUUUUGAUUUAUCAGAGACUUUAGCUGGUUAUUCUAAAGUAACUAAUCUUAAUAUAUCGAACACUGACGACAUUAAAACAACCCUAGAAACGAUACUACCAUAUCAAGUUUUUUUUCAAGGCUGUCAAUUUAAAAAUCUGCUGCAUGGUUUGCUAUAUUAUUCUAGAACUGAUUUAUCUUCAAGUUUGUUCAUUCUAUUCUUGUCACGUGCAUACCGGGACUUGCCGCAUACAAAACAAAAAGAAAGCAAAACAAACAACAAACGCCUAUACCGCAAUUACAGAGAUGUACUUAGUCAUCUGAUGAUAGAUUUACAAUCAGAUGCAGUAUCUGGAUGGGUGAAGUUGGCAUCUUUUUACUAUGUUCAUAAAAACUACUUAACAUCGUUAGAUAUAAUCAAUUAUGUAUUAGGUAAAUGCACUGAUGAAAAGAUUAACAUGACAUUAUUUGCAGAAAAUCUAAAUCUUAAAGGAAAUCAGGAAACUGUGCUGAAAUAUAUGAAGCAAGAAAAACUGUACACAGUGCUUAAAAUGCUGACCUUUUUAAAGCUAACAUUUAGUAUUGAGUCAUCAAUUAUCCCAUCAGAACUAGAUUUGGUUGUAAAAGACAUCGCAUUACAAAUCUGUCCAUUACCAUUUGUACGUUUCCUUCAGUUCCUGUGUUACUAUCAUCUACAUGAUUUUACAUCAUGUGAAAAUCCUCGUCGUCAAUUGAUUCUACAAACGAGUUUUUAUUUUUCAUUUGAAAAAUCUCAUUUUGUACUAUAUGUUCUAACCUUUUAUGCCAUAGCUUGUCAAAUGAUGGGUAAGACACAGUUAGCGAAAGCAAUAUUGCAGUAUUUGAUUCAUAUUGACAGGUUUAAUUUGACAAAUGCAGCAUUAAGACUGUCAACACUCAACUGAAACAAUAACACAUGUUAUUACGAAUUCAGUGAUAUUGCUUGUUCCGUAAGGGUUUUGUAAUUCACAUUUAGAUCUGCAUACAAAUUACAAGUACUAAAAUUAAAGGAUAUUAUGUUUAAUACCUUUUCCAUGGCAUAUAUGAAUACAUGAAUUCGUUUUUCAUGAUAAAUACUUUUAACAAACUUAUGCCAAACAUCGCACGGAAAAAAACAGUCCAUCAGUAGCAGUAUCAAUGACAAGAAUAAAAUUUAUCUUUUGCGAGACGGACCCGUUUGGGGACAUACAUAUUUGAGACACUUAAAAAUAUAUUAGUUAUUGAAUUUUUUAAACUAAGUUAUACGUUUAUAUAUGUAUGAUUUCAUUUGUCUUUAGUGUUAAAAUUAAAACAUAAUACAUCCGACUUCUGUUAGCACGUCUUGGUAAAUGUUAUGUAUCUAAGAAUGAUUAUAGUUAUUAAGAAAUUAAACCAAA